UAUGAUGACUUUCCUCAAUAAUACAACCGACUCAAGUCUACGGAAGCUUAUCGAAGAGGAAGGUUGGUCUGUGCCCGUGCAGGUCAGUAUCGGGGCCAUUGUGACUGCCGUGACGCUUGUCACGGUCCUGGGUAACUCCUCCGUCAUCUACGCCUUUGCACGCUUCAGCCGACUUCGGACCUACAACAACUUCUACAUAGUCAGCCUGGCCGUUGCUGACCUUAUUGUUGGUCUGACAACUAUGCCAAUGUACGGCCUCUACUGGUUACUUGGCUACUGGCCUCUUGGGCACACUGUGUGCUCCUGCCAUCUGGUAAUCAGUCAUUGCAUCCUGAACACAACAUUCCUCUCCGUCCUGGCCAUUGCCAUCGACCGGCUCAUGUCUGUCACUUACCCGAUCGUUCACAUUGAGCACCGCACCAAGCGCUACGCGAUGCUUGUAAUUUCUCUGACCUACGUCAUCCCUUUGGCAAUAUGGUUGCCUUUUCUCUUGUCCUGGGAGUUUGUGUACGACGGUCCGUUUUUCGUCAAGGAUUACCGCUGCUACCCCCUGUACCUCAGCAACAUGUUCUACACUGCAGGGGCGAUUCUGGUCCUGAACUGGAUCCCCAUCUUCGCGGUGACAGUCGUGUAUUUCAAAGUGUACCACCGCGUGCGUGGAAAGAUCGCCCGCCGGCGGGAGCGGCUGCGGGCUAUGCACGAGGCGGCUCGCCGACAGGAGGUCGACCGUGACGACACCUCACCCGAGUCAGACUUAAAUGCUAGCAUGGUGCCCCCUACAAAGCAAAACAUCGACAUGACCAGGACAAGCCAAGGGCGUGGACUGCUUAUGCAGCUGCAGUGUGGGGCCUUGUGUGGCAUCGCCAUUGCCUCAGAUUCGCACUCAUCUAAAGAAACCAAAUAUGGGCUCCCCGAGCUUCGGCAUAAGCCAUCCUCUGAUACCAGUGAGUACAACUUCUUGGCCAACCAAGCCAACCAAAGGGGCCUCGGCACCUUACGCUUGGUCAACCAACAGCAAAACAACCAGCGUUUCUGUAUUAGCUCCAGCUUGAGGCAUUCGACAGCAUACACUCGGCAUGAGGAGAGCAACCUCGCUCUCAGGACCCUGUCACUCAUUUUCAUCUCGAUGAUGAUUUCUGGUCUCCCUUGGGCCAUUACAGCCGUCGUCAUUGUCACCUGCAGAUACUGUAUACCGCUCUUCCUGCAACAGAUGCUGGUUUUUCUGGUCCACACGAGCAGCGCCGUAAACCCAUUCUGCUACGCGGCCGCCAAUCCCUUGUACCGAGUGGCAUUCUUAAAUGUCCUCAACUUAGCGUGCUAUACCGGGACGAGAAGACGACACCUUCUGAUCGGACGAUAGAGCGCCAAAGGACAUCUGGAGUAGUAGGUUUUCAACCGUCGAUCUCGGGAUUUUGAGUCGUAUACCACAGCAACCAGUAAACAGCACACCAGAAUAGAACCAAAAUUAUAUAAAGACACUUUAGUGAAUUUUAGGUUUUUUGGUUUUAAAACCGAAUUUUCACGUUUUAAUCACACAAUAUCCAUUAGUUUGAGAAGAACUACAUUUUCACGUUCUAUUCCUUCUUCAAAAACCACCGGUUAAUGCGUAAAUAAAUCAACGUGAUUCCAAAGCUUAUAAUACCUCGUGCAAAUCACAUUAUACAACUGUCAGACAGAACAAAGUAUUAAGGAAUUACUUCAUCUUUGAAACACUUAAUUUGUUGUUUCACAGUGACCAUGAAAUUAUUAAUUGGUGAAGGUAACGUGUUUGUUACUGGAUAACAAUCUAGGGAUAUUGUAACUGCCGUCCGUAUUUAUUCGGUAUACGUACUGCUCCAUAUAACCUGAUUAUUAUGAUGCGUUUUAUAAGGUUGGAUUCACAACCGAACUAUUCGUUGCGGGAAAACUUGGUUUCAGGGGACCAAGAAAUUCGGAUUUCUUUUUCAUGUAUCCUUUUGCAUGCUUUCCUGAGGGGUUGAAAGAAAAGGCAAAAGAAAAGACCUUUCCUUAUCCCAUCAUUCGUUAUAAGCAAUGGGAUAAGGCAAAUAAAUGAAAAAAAAAUCAGCGGCUUCCUUAGCGUGCCAGAAGUGUCAGCCACGAUAAAAGGCAGCGAAGGCCCUGAAUCCUUAUUUCACCCGGUACAAAGAACAAAGGAGGUGAUGGUACCUGGAAUUUCAACCGGGAUAGUGAUUCCUCUCUGGAGAUUUGCCAUUCAGGGAGCCAUAGAUAAUUUAUUUGUUUUCCUUGACAUAAAAAGAUAUAUGUGCAACCCUAGGUUCCAGUUUUAAGUCUCAAUCCAGCUACGCCACUGGUCGCUCCUUGACACUGUUGCACUUCAUUCCAUGGCACUGUGCCAAUGUGAUGCUUUGGCCGCGUGUGACAUCCAGCUUGCUUCUGGGGUGACGUACGCUUUUAGCUAGCCACAUAAAACCUGUGGACUAGAAAUACUGGAUUAAAGAAACUUCCACCCAACUUUUAAGUAACGAAUAUUUUUAUUACUGUCUUGCAUUCCGGACCAGACAUUUUGUAUUAUAUAGGCUAGAAGAUAAUAAAAUCAUCGAUUGCAUGAAGCAAAGGAUAGGCAGGAAAUACGCUCACUAGUUGUUGUUUAAUACUCAACAAAGUUCACCAGUACACAUAUUUUAAGCAAAAUCAUGAAUGCAACUGACAUUUUGUAACGAAAAUCAGAUUUUGCAAGAUCAAGUUGUAUCUGCCUCAACAGAAAAAGACAAAAAGAAAAGAAAAAAUAAGCAGGUAAAAACAAAUUUUGAUUCAGAUUGAGAUUUAAAUGGCUCAAAGGAAGCAAUUGACACGGAUGUGGUAAGAAGCUAUGUACAUAUGUGUAUUGGUACGCUUACAUCUUAGGGUUAAUCUACUGUAAUGAGCUGGCCGGAGUCACUUUUACCAAAAGGUUUAUCAAAAGAGGUUUGUUUGUUGAGCCUAGUUCUCGACAUUAAUUAAAUUUUCUGAUUUAAUUGCCCGAUUUGACUAAAAAUACAAAAUAAAUUACAGUAUGCUCUCAAAAUUGAGCAAAAGUGUUAUUGAAUGUUACUCGAGUGUUGGGUUGAUUCUGAGAUGUCAAUAAGAUUAUAUUGGUGUAUUC